CUCGCGUCCAUGUGUUUAAAUACAGCAAAUGCUGCAUUUCUUGGUGAUUCUUAGUGCUUGCGAAAUAAUGUCUCAAUAACAUGCUCUUCUUAAUUAGUGGCUUCUAUUUGUGUGUGGUAAUGAAGUUCUUGUGUUGCUGAUAUUCAUGUAUAAUUUCUUAUGUCAUUUCCCAUUAGAGGGAUGCCAUGUGCCAAGCAAAGACAGGAUGGGGAAGGCUGCUGGUUGUAUUGCGUCACACAAGAGAACUGUCUUACAAGGUUGCUCUAUUCUAUGGAUUUAUUUGCGGCCCUCAUUGUGGUGGGCACACCUGGAAGGAUUCUAGCUCUAGCUACCGAUAAGGAUAUUUCUUGUAAGAAUGUGAGGUGGAGCCGAAUGCACAAAAGAUUGUGGAGCAUCGCAGGAGUUAAGACAUGUUGCGGUAAAUGGAAGAAGAUAAAUUUUGGCGUGUCUCGCUUCGUUGUCGUGCAGAGUCACAGGCCAAGAAAGAGCAAUUGCCAAGCCAAUCAUAUGGAGAUGCAUCUUGCAGGGGCUUCCCAGGAGGCAUGCCUGGAUUUGCUGGAGGGGUCCGGUGGUGGAAUGGGUGGUGCUAUGCCUCGAUGCAUGGGUUGUGGUAUGCCUGAUAUCAUCCUGAAUGACCGUGACCUGAUGACAACCUUUGGUGACCCUGAGGACAUGGUGGCACUUCAAGAUGGGUUACUAGAGGCCUGA